AUGCCUCCUAAAACUACUCGAAACACGGCCCGUCUCUUGCUUGGCGGAAUGAUAGACGGGGCCCCUUACCCGAGUGAUAGCCAAACGGACCCUAAUCUGGGUCCGAGUGGCGAGGCAAUGUCGGAUUCACAGCCAGCCACUGGCCCCACCAAUAGGCCAACACCUAGUGCAUCACUGGUUCUGGGACAGAACCGGGUCAUUACCCAAAACAUGAAUAUGGUCCUGCCUAUGCCACCUAUGCAACCUGCUAGAACUAUGAACACAACUGGCUUAUUCGAGCGCUUUCAACACCUCUGCCUUCCCACUUUUACUGGUACUCACAGACCUGAGGAGGCCGAGUACUGGUCAGACCACAUUUCUAAAAUGUCAAGGCCAUUACACUGUACUGAAGCAGAGCAAGUUAAGAUGGUUACGUAUAUGUUCGAAAAGGAGGCUAGUCUUUGGUGGGAUAUCGUCCUACGAAUCGUCCCCACAGGACAUGUGUGGGCGUGCGACGCAUUCGAAACUCAUUUCCAUGAAAAGUACUUCCCCUUCACUUACCGUAAUGAAAAGGAGGGUGAGUUUCUCCACCUUCGACAAGGAGGAAUGACUGUGGCAGAGUAUGAGAACCAUUUCGUGGAGCUAGCAAGAUAUGCUCCUUUGAUCCUAGUGAACGAGCUAAUGAGAAUGUGGCGGUUUUCAGAAGGGCUGAGACCCGAUAUACGCACCAAGAUGUGUUGUGCUAGCAUACCCAACUACACUGAGCUAGUGAGUAUGUCCCUGCAAGCUGAGCAGGAUGGUGAAAGGUUGUCCCGAACACGCAUGUCAAUGGGCCCAAGGCCUAAGCUUGAAUUUUUGAGCCGACCAUUUCUUGGCAAGAGGUCGCGAGUGAAUUCGCCUCCCAGGCUAAUGGCUCCACCGACCCAGUAG